AUGAUAGUGUCUCUUAAGCUUGAUCUCGUUUUUGGUGUCACCAAAUCUGCUAACCGACCUAGCACGACACUUAAGGAACGAUUAACAACCAUUCAACAUUUUGCAUCCUUUGGUAUUAAUACUAGCAAAGCAGUCCGUCCGAAAACACCCGUCGCAUCUGCAUCUCUCUCGCAGUCUGUCUGGCCCUGUAGCUCCGCACAUCUAGCUAAUUGCGGCCUGCAUGCACGUUUGGAAGUCAAUGGUCCGAGUAGCCAACACUGUACCUUUCAAAGCAAGUCAGCAAGUGCCGACUCAUUUAGUAAUGUGGCGGAGCAUCUGACAUGUGGUCACCUUAUUUUGCCGGGAUCUAUCCCUUCUCAAAAAAUAUGUGAAAAACAUAUUAUCAGGCAGCCUCUGUGCUCAGAGAAGCAGGCGUCCGAGACUUCGAUGAGAUCUGGACCUAAAGGGCUCUAUCUACUUGGUUUGAACUUAAGCUCAGAUCUAAUAGCUGAGGGAUUUCCUCGGUUUGCAGCAGACGUAGAUUUGGCAGGGCCAAGGGCAGCUCAUCACAUCUGGAGCAAACUUUCGAGUUUAAGCUCAGAAAACCUCUAUACAGAUCGGUCACUCGAACCUGAUUGUCUUUCUAACAAUGUUGGAGAUCAAGGUGGAAAUGUUGCUCUCUCAACGACUCACCAAAAUGAUCAGAGCCUACUCCUAAAAGCCUCAAACUCGGGGCCA